UUCUGCCCAACAUCCAGGCAGUGCUGCUCCCCAAGAAGACUGAGAAGGCCGUCAAAGCCAAGUAAAAUCGCUGGUGCGGCUGCAACUUGACUACUCAACCCCCAAAGGCUCUUUUAAGAGCCAACCACCUAGCUCAACAAAAGCGCAAAGUGUCCUUUCUAUGCCUGGCCAAUUAUUUGGCGUGUUAGAUACACACACACAUACACGGCACCGUAUCAAGUGCCCACAUGAGGCCUAAAUGAAGGAUAACAACUAGUAGGCUAGAAUGAGAGCAUUAUUGCGCGUCAAGUGUAACGUUGCUCGCGGCCCUAACAAAAGACCCAAGCGCGCCUCGGCGAGGGUGGGGGUUGCAUUUUGGGGCGGCACGGAGAGGCCGAGCCUCCCGUCCAAUGGGCGGCGGAGGAGGCCUCCGCAACGGGCCAAUCAGGGCGGUGCGGAGAUGGUGACCAAUGAGCAGACGCCGCUGCCGGCUUUAUAAACUUCACAUAGGCAUUUUGAGGCUAUACUCCGACUGUGAAAGAAGGAAGCUAGCUAGCGCCAUGGCCAGAACCAAGCAAACCGCUCGCAAAUCCACCGGUGGCAAAGCACCCAGGAAGCAGCUCGCCACCAAGGCUGCGCGCAAGAGCGCCCCGGCCACCGGCGGCGUGAAGAAGCCUCACCGUUACAGGCCCGGCACCGUGGCUCUUAGAGAGAUCCGUCGUUACCAGAAGUCCACUGAGCUGCUGAUCCGCAAACUGCCUUUCCAGCGCCUGGUGCGAGAAAUUGCCCAGGACUUUAAGACCGACCUGCGCUUCCAGAGUUCCGCAGUGAUGGCCCUGCAGGAGGCAAGCGAGGCUUACCUGGUCGGCCUGUUCGAGGACACCAACCUGUGCGCCAUCCACGCCAAGAGGGUGACCAUCAUGCCCAAGGACAUCCAGCUGGCCCGUCGUAUUCGCGGAGAGCGCGCAUAAACGAUGACCUGAUCUCCAAAAUCCCCCAAAGGCUCUUUUAAGAGCCACCUCCAUAUUUCAGUCAAAAAGGCACAAUUGUUCCAUUUGUACACGCCCCUUUCCCACCGUGUAUGUUC